UAACGGUUCGUUGAGGAAGCCACACUCGUCUGAUCCUCACACAGAGACACACAAAACACAGACACUCAAAUUGUGGUGUGUCUUCUUUCCAUUACUUCAAACCCCCCAUCGUAUAAUCCGAAACAACCUUCUCUCUCUCUCUCUCUCUUUGUUUCUCGCUCUUAGGCUAUCGCUAUCUUCUUCUCUGCAAUUUCAAUCCUUCUCCGAAUUUUUGUUGCUUCAAUUUGCUCUGCAGAUUACAAUCUUCUUACUAGCGCCCACCAUUUCACUGUUACAAAAGUUCUUUGUAACAACGAUAACUACAACAACAACUACCACCAGAGUCUCAUUUUCACUAAGUGAGGUUGCUUUCGGAUGAAAGAUGUUAAUUAAAAGUGAACGAAUGGGUGUUUUGCUUCAUACUGGCUUAGUGUUUUGUUGAAGAACAUUUCAUCUUGCGCUGCCAUGGCUGCUGAUCAAAGAAGAAAACGAUCAAAUGGUGCAAGUAUGGUUAGUUAUGGUUAUCCAGAGCAACAUAGGACUAAAAGAAAGAAUUUGGGACUAGUGAGAAGUGAUUUAGCCAUGAAAUCUCAUGUUUCUGUUGAGUGGGAUGGUAAUCAGCAAAGAGUUGUUGCCAAGCGGGAACAGAUUGGCAUCAGUUGGAGACAAAUGAGACCAUUUGCCAAUUUUGUCCCUAAUGGACACCAAAUCUUGGCAGAUGUGUUUGCCAUACCUGAAGAAAUUUUUGGCUUGGAUAAUUUAAAUGAAGUGAUUUCGUAUGAGGUUUGGAACACACACCUUUCGGACAAUGAAAGAAAUCUUCUUAUGCAGUUUCUUCCGAGUGACUUAGAGCCACAUCAAGUUGUACAAGAAUUACUUUCUGGGGAUAACUUUCACUUUGGAAACCCUUUCUUGAAAUGGGGUGCUUCACUUUGUUCAGGUGAUCUUCAUCCAGAUAUGAUUGUUAACCAGGAACAGCAUCUGAAGUCUGAUAAAAGAGCAUACUAUUCGCAGUUACAUGAUUAUCACAAUGAUAUGGUAGGAUUUCUAAUGAAGUUAAAGGGGAGCUGGGAAAGCUGCAAAGAUUCAGAAAAGGAAAUUGUGCAAAAGACUUGGAGGGUGCUUGACAAAGGCUUCAGUAAAGGUAAACCCAAAAAUUUGAUGGUUUCUUCAGAUUAUAUGCAUAAUGUGGGAGCAAGGCCCAAGAAAGGAGACAAGCUAUGCAAGCUGAACAUUCAUUCUAGUGAUGGUGACAAAUAUAUGUCAUAUAUCAAGAUUAGCAAGAAACAGCAUGAUCUUGUUAAGAGUAUGAAGCUAUCUUGCAACGGGAUCCAGUCUAGGACACUAAACCAUGUUUUGGGUGACCUUGAUGACAUUCAUGUGCAGCCAUACAAAGUAUUUAUCAAAGAAGAACAGAAGAAGUUGCAUGACCACUGGUUGCAAUUGGUGAACAAAGACCUCCCUGUGGCUUAUGCAAACUGGAAAGAGAGAUUGAUACAGACACAUGAUAUGAGAAACUCAUUGGUAGUUGAGAUGAAGGAUAAAUCAAAGCCACUGGUAGAGGAUGAGGAGAUUGUGAGCUCAGGGAUCCAGCCUCAGGAUCAGGAAGAGGAUGGUGGUCUUAAUGAUCAGUCUAGCUUGGAAGAUAAUGAAGAUUCUCUUGCUAGAUCCUCAGAGAACCAGUCCCUGCAUAAUUCUUAUCAUAGCGGUGAUGACGAGCUCAACCACUUGAGUAUAAAUUCAGAUAAAAUUAUUUUAUCGAAAUCAGAUGAUGCUUCACAGAAUAAAUCUGAGUAUUCAAGGAUUAUGAACUCCCAGGAUGUUCCUAUUAGUGAAGGAGCUCCUUUCUCUUCUGAUUGUAAUGCCUGGCAAGCAGUUAAAAUGCCACAUUCUUACUAUGAUUCUGCUGUGACCCAUGAGUACACAGCCAAUGGGUUAUCUUUGGUAAAUCCACAGGUUGAUGAAGUGCAACAAACUGGACUAAUAAGUCUAGAAUCUGAUUUACAUCAAGAAGACACCGGUAAAGAGUUGUUGCACAGGCUGUCAAAUGAUGAUUCCUUCAGUUCUUACCAGAGCCAGGAUCGAAUUGACUUGCUUCCGUCUCUCUUCAAGGGAAAGGGGGUUAACUCCUAUCAUCAUGAACAAAAAAGAGCCGCGUUAGAUUUCCAGACUUCAAACAACGUUAUGAUGGGGGAUGGCCAACUUUUUAGUCAUUUUAAGGAGCCAUCGCAAACACCCCCCACAUUGGAUCAAGGGCAGAGGAGAUCUAGUGAGGUGUUUUUUGGGCCAGAAAACUUGUCAGAAAAUAUUUAUUCUGAUGGAGGAAGAUACUUAACGCCGAAGCAAGAUCCAUUAUCUGCAGUAAAUAUAACUGAUUGGGCUGUUAAUGCUCCUCCCAUGGUGGCACCUUCCCAAUCUCAUGUGAAUACUGGAGAUUUCAUUGGUCAGCAUUGGUUUUCUGCUGAACAUCAAGUUCGUGGUGGCUGGAACGGAUCUGAUGGUGGGAGUCUAUCUAGUCAGAGUCUUGGAACUGGAGGGAACUCAGACCAAAGCUUAUUUAGUAUUCUAUCACAGUGUAGCCAAUUACGUUCAGGUAGCCCUUAUGAAUCAGUAAGACACGGUGACCAGUUCCUUGCUCCAAGAACCUAUGGAGUAGUAGAUGCAGGUACUCCCAGGAUCAAUGCUGUUGUACCCCCAUCUUCUCAUCCACUAGACUACUUCAAUGGACGUGAGGCAUCUAGUUCUCUGGGGCCUGAUGAUAUGGCAUGGAUGACAUUGCAGCCUCAGAAUCCCGCUUUACAUGAUCAAAUGGGAAAGCCAUACUUGAGGUCAUGGAACCGGUAAACUAUGUUCAACCCAAUGUUACCUAUCUAGGGGUUCAGUGAUAGAUUGAUAGUGAAAAGAAAUGCAACUUUGUCCGGGUUGAUAAUAUUUUGUAACUUGAGCAAGAUCCAUAGAAGGAAUAUAUAUACCCUGAGAUGAGAUAGGUUCAUGUAAAUAUCUAUACCAUGGUCAACACAAUAACAUGUACAUAUCUAGAUGUUAGAUGGGAGAAAGCCCGGGAGUAAGAUAAGCUUCAAGAAUUUGAGGUCAUUAGGCAAGUUACAUAUUUCAUUCCCUUUUUUUUUUUUUUCUCUCUCUCUGUUUCUAGAUAGAUAUUCUUCAAUAAUUUUGAAAGGUAGGUGCCUCUUUUUGAGCUAUACUUUUGUUCUUUUUCAUAAUUUCGUUUUGUGUUUAUAAUGCUGAACAAUGGUCUUAUUCGGUUAUGAUUGUGUUACCAGCAACCAAAUUAUGUUGUAGUAUGUGGACAUAGGCCUUUACUGGUUCUGAUUCUAUCAUCUGAUUUUUUAA